ACAUCGUUGAUUUAAUUCAUAGUCCCCUCCCCUCUCAGUGGUACAUUCCCAUGGGCGGGGUUACACAGGCUUGGGACUGUCAGCCUUCCCUAUCCGGUUCAGAUUUUGGAUCUCAGAGUUGCAGUGGAGAAGGAAACAUCAGUCAGAGGGCAGGAAUCAGGGAAGAAUCCAUGAGUGAAAGCCCACCCGCGCAGCAUGCCAUAUAUCCAUAAGUUCCGAAGGAUUUGUGAAGGGAGACACCACUUUAAUGCAGAUUUUGCAAAUGUUAAGCAUGGUAAAAACGAUUCGAGGGAAGGUGAGAAAUCAAGUUCGUCUCAUGGAACCGGCCCCAGAAAGAAAGAUGUAUCCGGCAUCACGGAAGCUACGGAAGAUGCUGAGGCCGAACGUGCAGAGAAAAGUGAAAAAGAAAAUAUUCCGGAGCAAGAUGAAAGCUCCGUUCCAGGGGAAGCUUCCCCGCCCGCAGAUUCUUCCGUGGAUAAACAACACGACUGUCCCGUGUGUCACAAACUAUUUAAGUCACAUUCUGAGCUGAUUAAACAUCAAAAAAUCCAUGCGAAGAAAGAAUGGAUCUGCUUGGAAUGUCACAAACAGUUCCCGACCAAAGCCAAGCUUGUCAAACAUCGGAAAACCCACAGGGGGAAGGGAAAGACGCUUUCUUGUCCCCACUGCACAAAGCGUUUCAUGCGGAAGUCGAAGUUUGAGGCUCACUUGAAGGUUCAUGAGAAGACCUACGUGUGUCCCGAGUGUGACCGAUGUUUCAACAUCAAGUCGAACUUCACCAGGCACAUGCUGGUUCACACGGAGGAGAAGCGCUUUGUGUGUUCGGAAUGUGGGAAGGGUUUUUCCCAGAACACCCAUUACCUUAAACAUAAGAGGAGCCACAAAAACGAAUAUCUGGUGUACUGCUCCGAGUGCGGCAAGGGAUUUUUCGACAAGUACAGCCUGAAAGCCCACCUCAAGAUUCACACCGGAGAGAAACCGUUCUCCUGCUCCGAAUGUGGCAAAGGCUUCAUCCAAAAUUCACACUUGGUUUUGCACCUAAGGAUUCACACGGGAGAGAAACCUUUUGCGUGCCCUGAAUGCGGCCGGCGUUUUAGCGAUAAAUCGAGUCUUGUGAAACACAAACGCAUUCACACCGGGGAGAAGCCGUAUAAGUGCUCCGACUGCGGGAGAGGCUUUGGGCAGAAUUCAUAUCUCGUUAUGCACAAAAGGACUCACACGGAGGAAAAAACGUUUUUCUGCUCGGAGUGUGGAAAGGCUUUUAUGGACGAGGCAGGCCUUCUUAAACAUCAGCGGCUUCAUACCGGAGAGAAACUCUUUUGCUGCCCGACAUGCGGGAAAGGUUUCACGGAGAGAUCAUGCCUUGUGAAGCAUCAAAAAAUCCAUACGGGAGUGAAACCCCACACUUGUUCUGUAUGCAAGAAAUCCUUUACCGAAAAGUCACAUCUGGUAAAGCACCAGCGAAUUCACACCGGCGAAAAACCCUUCUCGUGUUCCGAGUGCGGAAAACAGUUUGUUCAAAACGCCCAUCUGAUCAAGCACCAGAGGACCCACACGGGGGAGAACCCAUUUUCGUGUUCUGAAUGCGGGAAAAGGUUUGUGGAUAAAUCCAAUCUGGCGAUGCACAGCAGAACUCACACGGGGGAUAAGCCCUUCUCUUGUUCUCAGUGUGGGAAAAGUUUUGUGCAAAGUUCGCAUCUCCUUGCGCAUCAGAGGGUUCACACGGGGGAGAAGCCGUUCUCAUGUUCGGAGUGUGGGAAGUUUUUCCGAGACAAGUCAAGCCUUAGUAAGCACAAACGCGUUCACACCGGAGAGAAGCCAUUUUCCUGCUCUGAGUGUGGGAAAAGCUUUAGCCAAAAUUCCCAUCUUCUCACGCAUCAGCGGACUCAUACGGGACUGAAGCCGUAUUCGUGCUCUCAGUGCGGGAAAAGCUUCAGCGAUAACUCGAGUCUGGUGAAACACCGGAGACUUCACACGGGGCUGAAGCCGUUUCGCUGCUUGGAAUGCGGCAAGUGUUUCAGCCAAAAAUCCUACCUGAUUAUACACACGUCGACCCACACGGGGGAUCAGGCCAUCGCUUGCUCCGAGUGUGGCAAAUUCUUUAGCAAUAAAUCCAAUAUGGUUAAACAUAAGAAAAUUCACAUGAGAUAAGCCAUUAUUUAAUCUGACAUUGUUCGCUUCUGUUGCAUAAGCCACGAACAAUGAUGUGCAGCUUGCAUUGGCCAUUGGUUAUGUUUAAAUGACCGUCUUUCGUGUUCCGAUGGGCUUAUCCCUAGUAGGGAAGUUAUAAGAAUGGCUGUCACGCCGAUGAUAUCAUUUAUCUGUAUCCUUCUUAGGCACUGUAGGGCCCUUAACUAGAACUGACCUCAAAAGGCAGCUUAGGGAUGGUUCAACUCUAAGGGGCUGAUUUACUAAUCCACGAAUCCGAAUC